AUGGACCUAACGAAGAACACCCGGAAAUUCGAAUGGACAGCCAAAGAACAGCAGGCUUUCGAUACCAUUCAAGAACUUAUCCUCAGUGACCCGGUCACGAGGCUACCAGACCCUGAAAAGGAAUUCGAAGUCGAAACAGACGCAUCCGACUACGCACUCGGAGGACAGCUUGGCCAACGCGAUGAGAAUGGCAAGCUACACCCUGUAGCGUUCUUCUCUAAAAAGCUACACGGACCAGAAUUAAACUACCAGAUCCACGACAAGGAACUGAUGGUAGUUAUCAAAGCGUUCAAGGAGUGGAAACCAUAUCUUAGCGGUACAGAGAGACCAGCGGAGUUCCUAUCGGAGUUCAACUUCCAGAUCAUCUACAUCAAAGGAACAGAAAACGUAAGGGCAGACAUCCUUAGCAGACGAAGUGACCAAGAGCAGAAGGUCCCAAAGGAAGUACGAGCGUUGCUGAAGGCUGACGAACACGGAAACCUCACGAUCAACGCAACACACCAAAUCGAGAUCCAAGACGAGUGGACGACUACAUUCAAAAACGCGGCAACCACGAACGGGAAGAUAGAGAUUCCGGAGCAACACAGGACGGAAUUUGUACGACAAUUCCACGAACACCUGACUCACGGAUACCAAGGCAUCUUCAAGACGAAGGAAUGCCUGAGACGACGAUAUGAAUUCCCAGGACUCACCAAGACGGUGAAGGAAGUCAUCAAGGAAUGCAACAUCUGCAACAAAGCCAAGGCAGCACGACACAAACCAUACGGACUACUCAAACCCACGGAGAUCCCAGACAGAGCAUGGAAACACUGGUGCUUGUUUGAAGCUGAUCUAAGAAUGCUGUACACGAAGCCCAAA